AUGGUCAAGCUGGAGGGCCCCAACACGCCUGGGCGCGUGGUUCCCAUGCGCGUCAUCGUCUGCGGCCUCCACCGGACGGGCACCAUGAGCAUGCGCCUGGCCCUCCGGCAGCUGGGCUUCCACGACUGCUACCACAUGGCCACCGUCUUCGAGAACAUAUACGACGACCCGCAGCAGUGGGUGCGUGCCUACGAGGCCAAGUAUCUUGGCAAGGGGUCCUUUGACAAGGGCGACUGGGACCGCCUGCUGGGCUACUCGCAGGCAUGCUGCGACAUGCCCGUCGCCCUCUUCAGCUGCGAGCUGGCCCAGCUGUACCCGGACGCAAAGGUGGUGAUUCUUAACCGCGAGCCGGAGAAGUGGUACGAGAGCGUGCUCGAGACGGUCCAGGGGGCGGUCCGCCCCACGGGCUUCUUCAACGUGCUGCAGCGCAUCUACAUCUUCCUGCUGGACCCGGGAAUGCGCAACUGGAUCCGCUUCACCAAGGUCAUGGCGUCGCUCGGCAUGCCCUACGACCACGUCACCGAGCACGACAAGGCCAUCGCGUGGUUCAACGACCGCUACGCCGAGUUCCGCGCCGGGAUCCCCGCCGAGCGCCGCAUCGAGUUCUCCGUCAAGGACGGGUGGGCGCCGCUGUGCGAGCACCUCGGCGUGCCGGUGCCGCAGGUUCGCGACGACAAGACGGGCCAGCUCGUCGAGGCGCCGUUCCCGCACGCCAACGACCGCGCCUCCUUUGCCGUCUCGUCCAAGCGCAUGAGCUCCGAGGCCGUGCAGCGCGCCAACACGAACCUCGUCAACACGCUCGGCAGGGUCUGUCUCGUGGGCUGCCUGGGCUACGGCAGCUUCCUGGCCUGGAAGACGCGUCUGGGGGGCCGUCUGUGA